UACAAGACGUAUAACGUAUUCAACUACAUAUAAUAAUAUACAUGAAACAUUGUACAACAGUGAACAGAUUUCAAUUUCAAGUUGUCUGUUAAAAGUCGUUGGCUGUUGUUGUAUUUAUCUGUGCUUGCGUAGUGAGGACAAGGUCCUUGAUCUAUGAUUCAGAUGCGAAUCAAUAUCAUGAUAAAUGUUUAUUCAGUAAUCGACUUCGACGUUCGGUGACAGUGUGACUCGUCAGUCGUCAUUGAAGACGGCAAAAAUAACAAAGUUGUCUCGUACUCGUAUUUCAACAUUUCUUUAGAUAACCCUUAGGUACUGUAAAUACUAUAUUCUUGAUUAAUUUUAAAUUUGUGCAAUAAUUAUGUUCGGAAUACAACUUCGAUGACGAAAGAUACAAACAUGUCAGCAGUAGACGAAGAAUCUUUAUUCUCCGACGAAGAACUGUUUGCCAAUGAUGCAAACGAUUGUGUUGUAAAGUUAACUAGUACAGUCAGUUAUGAAGACGAGUAUCAGUCUUUAUUAUUUCAAAACAGAGAUCGUAUAAUAACUAAAUUAAAAAAUGAUUUAUCCAAUGUCUUACCUCCUCCGCCAACAGUUACUACUUGUCGGCUGAGUGUAAAUGAUAUACUAGAUAGAUGGUAUCAACACGAAAAAUCAAAUUUUCUAACCAAGAAACCUGAAACAAAAGAACUAAAAAAUAUUGACCGCGCAAUUAAUUGGCCAUGGCCAGAAGUAUCUAAUGUCCAGUGUUUUGAUGUUUACUAUAACAUUGAUAACAAAUCUGCAGAAAUGGCAUUAUUGGAAACUAAGUACCAACAAAGGUAUGUUUCAAAUGAGACAAAAUCUCUUAUGAACACAGGAUUUACGCCACAGCCUAAAAAAGAACGUGGAUUAGUCAUUCAACAAGUUAAGCCUGUUGAACAAAGUUUACGAUUAAUUCGAAGAAAACCGGUUUCAAAACCUCAAAUAUUAGCAGAAGCUAAAGCAAAAUUAGCUCUAAUUGAAAAUAAACGUCGAAUUUUAGUGCCAGGAAAACUAAAAAGGGAAAAUAUAAAACCAUUAGAGAAAAGUUAUCUUGAAAAUCGAAAUGGCGCCAACAGAAGAUCAAUUAGUCAUAAAAGAGCACUAUUUCAAAGUCCUGAAAUGUAUUGUUCUAGAAAACGUGUGUGUUAUAGUCAAAAUCCAAAUUCUGAAGAGUCGUCUCCUCUUAGUGCUCUUUCAAUUUGUAGCGAUACAUCAAAUACUACACCAGUUAAAAGAUGGAGUGCUGCUCCUUUGAGUGCAAAAUUAUUUGGUGAUGACCAAGAGGAUAAACAGACAUCAAAUAUUACUAGAACAGAACCAGUCAAAAAAUGCCAAAGAGUAUUGAAAUUUUUUAAUAAUAUAGAAUCAGCGACUCCGAAAAAUUUGUUUAAUACAAAACCAAAUCAAAAAGAACUUAGUAAACUUCAUAAACAGAAAUUAUUAUGGGCUGUAUCGGAAGUGUUAAAAGAUUGUGGUGUCGAUAGUCAUCACAAGCAAUUUCGACCAUUUCUUCAACAAUUAUUUAAAGUAUGUUCUAAACAAUGGUUGCAGAAGACUGGUUCAGAAAUAAAAACUAGCACUAGUGAAGCAAUGCGUGCUCUAGUGAUGAAGCACAAGAGUACAGUAUUAAAAUUGAAAUUAAACUCUCCUAAACAUAAAGACAAUGUUGUUACAUCUAAACGAAAGUCUGUGGCAGAUGUAAAAAAAGUAUUGUUUAUAGAUACCCCAAAAACUGAUUUUAAGUUUGAAAAAUUUGGUUCAGACUUAAAAACAAAAAGUUCAACUAUUGAAAAUGUAGUUAUCAACAAAGGAAUCAAUGAUUUUGCAUUAUAUCUAGAUAUUAAAAAAUUACCUUGUAACAAAAAUACUGAAGACCUACCGAGUAGGCCAGUUUCUUCUACUUCUGACUAUUGUUCUAAUCUGGAUAUUGAUACCAAAGAUUCAGAAAGAAUCUUUGCUGGUUAAUGCUUUUAUUCAAUAGUUGCUAAUUAGGUACAUAUUUUUUUCUUUUUUGACUACUGAAACGAAAGUACUAUUUUUCAGACAGCAAAAUGUAAAUGUUAUCAUCCAUUUUCUUUUUCUUUUGUUUUAUUUUCAUUAAUUUAUAAUUCAGUAAAUUCCCCAAUUUCAGUUCUAUAUUAUCUAUAUUUAAUUUAAUUUUUUUCUCUUAGUGUUAAGAAGUUCUUUUCAAUUUAAUGAUUAGUCUCUAUUUUUUUGUUUCUACAUUGAAUGCUUAUAUUCUGUAAUGUUACAUGUAAUCAUAUACCUAUUUUUAUUAAGGAAUGACUGAAGUAUAUUUGGUUUUCUGUACUAUUUACGCAGAUCUCUUAAAUUAUAAACUAAUGUAUUUAAAUUUAAGUAUUUAAAAUUUAGUUAGUUAAAUUAAAUUUAUAAUUAAUUUAAAAAGGCAAAAAAGAAUAAAUAAUUGAUUAUGAUUACUGUCUCAUUUAUAGAAAAUUUAAUGAUUUUUUCUAGGUAUAUUUUUAAAUAAACUUUAAAUUAUAUAAUAUAGGUUUUGUACUUUUAGGUUUUUGGUUUUAAAAUGUUGUUAUAAUUAUAAUUAUAAUAUUAUUGAAUACUUACGAUUGAUUCUAUUUAGUAUGUUUAACCAAGUGCAUACCUAGCUGAUUGGUUUUCUAGAAGUAAAUUGUUAUUAAAAAUGCAUAUUUAAUUGUAAAUUUUAAAGUUAUUUUUUUAUAAAAAUUCUAAAAAAAAUUUAAUUUUGUUCUUUUAUUAUUAAAUAAAAUGUAAGCUAAUGCAUAUUUCUUGUUGUAAAAUCAAUU